GCGGGCUCCUCCCUCGGAGCCCGCGUCGUCGGUGGGGCGCCAGCCCCCUCCCCGCUGACCUUCCUGCGAUUUCUCCGCCCCCCCUCCACCCCCGCGGCCCCCGCCGCCCCUCGAACCGGGAGUCGGCGAAGGGCUGCAGCCAGCUGGGGCUCUGGGCGCUGGCAGCGGGCUGGCGGAGCUCCUCCGCGCAAGGGAGCCGGAUGGCCUGGAAACCCUGGCCGUCUUGUUCUGUACCGUUGCAAGGGGAGCCGUAAAUUGAGCUUUUCUAACGUGGGUUCCUGCCGCGUGCUUUUCCAGCCCCCUUUUCCUCUAGCCACACAGGAGAGCCUCUGUUUAGCCAGUGCUUGGCAGUCGUUAGGUUCAGUGUAUCUUUGCCUGCCUACAUCAAUCUGCAAGGGAGUUGCAGAAAAGCCUCAUGUUCAUCGAGCCGUGAGUCACAACCAAUUUCUAAGCUGUUAUAACAAAAAAGUGUUUGCUUUUUUUCACAAGUAACUUUAAAAGUGUAGUUUAGAAAGAAAACAUUUUCAAUAAAAAGACACUACAUUAAUCCUGGAUGCUUGCAAAUCCUAAAAUAUAUUCCUCCUUUAGUAUUACACAGCUCUGUGUCAUAUACACAGAUUAGCUUUAAAAUUUGUCACAUUCCACUUUGCCUUUACUUUUAUGUAUCAUUCCCCUGACUUCCUUACUGCAGGUUGGGCAAGAAAACUUUUCCUUUAAAACUUUUCAACAGCGGGCAUAAAAUUCUGCAGCUGAGGUCUUGAAGAAUGCAGAUGGGUACAGUAUGUGUUGGAACUCACAGUGUGUAUUGACUAACCUAGUUCCUUUUUUGCCUUUUUUUUUUUCUUCUUGGUAUUGUCUUGUUAAAAGUGACUCUCAGGUGCCAACUGUCUUUUUUAAGGGUGGGGGUUAAAGGGGGAUAGGUAGACUAGGUUCAGAUUAUUUAUCAGUAGUAGAGAGAGAAAGCUUUCUUCAUAUAAUUUUGGCAAAAUACUGCCUAUACGUUGGUCUAUAGCAAAAUGAUUAGACUAAUAAAUAGCUUUUGUUGGAAACUACCAGCUUUAAGUCAUACAUGGUGAUUCAUCGCCCUCUGAUUAGCAUGGGUUUUGGUAUCUCAUUGCCCACAUGUAUGUGUGGGGCUAAUGGCUGUUUGGUGCUCAGCAUUUUCCUUCUGACUCCUUGACUUGCUUGGCACAAUGACGGAGUCAGAUCUCUUUAAGUGUGAUUCUUGAUGAUAUAUUUAGCAUCAAAAAUCAUCUGUAUUUCGUUCCAGUUGUAAAUACCUCUAGAUCAGCUUUUCAGUGUAUUUGGUAGUCUGCAAAUCAUCCAGGUGAAUUGUACCAGAUAUGCUUUUGUGCUUAAUGUGAUAAUAUUGUCUUAUUUAAAACCACACAUGAAUUUCAGGAGACGAAACCAGACAGAGGGUCAAGUUUACAGAUGACCGUGUCUGCAAGAGUCAUCUUCUGGACUGCUGCCCCCACGACAUUCUGGCUGGGACGCGCAUGGAUUUAGGAGAAUGUACCAAAAUCCACGAUUUGGCCCUCCGAGCAGAUUAUGAGAUUGCAAGUAAAGAAAGGGACCUCUUUUUUGAAUUGGAUGCGAUGGAUCACUUGGAGUCCUUUAUUGCUGAGUGUGAUCGGAGAACUGAGCUUGCCAAGAAGCGGCUGGCAGAGACGCAAGAGGAGAUCAGUGCAGAAGUUUCCGCAAAGGCAGAAAAAGUACAUGAGUUGAACGAAGAAAUAGGGAAGCUUCUUGCUAAAGCUGAACAGCUAGGAGCUGAAGGAAAUGUGGAUGAAUCCCAGAAGAUUCUUAUGGAAGUGGAGAAAGUCCGUGCAAAGAAAAAAGAAGCUGAGGAAGAAUACAGGAAUUCCAUGCCUGCAUCCAGUUUUCAGCAGCAGAAGCUGCGUGUUUGUGAAGUCUGUUCAGCCUACCUUGGUCUCCAUGACAAUGACCGUCGUCUUGCAGACCACUUCGGGGGCAAGUUACACUUGGGGUUCAUUCAGAUCCGUGAGAAGCUCGAUCAGUUAAGGAAAACUGUGGCUGAAAAGCAGGAGAAGAGAAAUCAGGAUCGGCUGAGGAGAAGAGAGGAGAGGGAGCGGGAAGAACGACUGAGCAGGAGGUCUGGAUCAAGAACCAGAGAUCGCAGGAGGUCGCGCUCCCGGGACCGGCGUCGGAGGCGGUCAAGAUCUACCUCCAGAGAGCGGCGGAAGUCGUCCCGGUCCCGGUCCCGAGACAGACACCGGCGCCACCGAAGCCGUUCCCGGAGCCACAGCCGGGGCCACCGCCGGGCAUCCAGGGACCGGAGUUCGAAAUACAAGUUCUCCAGAGAGCGGGCCUCAAGGGAGGAGUCCUGGGAGCGCGGGCGGAGUGAGCGGGGGGCCACCGACUGGAGGCUCGAGAGCACCAAUGGAAAGACUGCGUCACGGAGGUCGGAGGAAAAGGAGGCCGGCGAGAUCUGAACCCACGCCCAGGCGCUGUAAAUAGUCCCAUACAUGUUUGACACAGCCUAACGUUACCCUUUAUAUUUGCUGAAUACAACUCAUCUUUUGUAGUUUACCAUUUCUAUUGUUUUGGAGCUAGCUGUGAGUUUCUCGAGAUGUACAGAGUUGCUCCUGUGUUCUGGGUUAUGUCAAGUGGGAAUAAAUAGCCUGACAGACUGCUUCCUGA